AUGCAAAGCGACCUCUGCAGAAUCGCCUCGCCGGAGCCGCACUUCCCUCCGCCGGCUCCCUGCGCGACAUCCCAAAAUUCAGGUAGCAUGCUCCUUCAGCGAGCCGCCUCUGGCCGCUUCUUCGUGGAGGACUCGCAGUCGCUAAUGCUAUCCGCGGUAGUGCCUCAGCUGUUGCUGCCGCCACAGCACUUCUCCGGCAACCCCCUGGACCGCACAUAUGACCGGAGGCUUAAAUUUGAUGGAACUUCAAAAUCUGACGAAAUUAGCCUGGUGGUAGUCGCCGGCCGGGAAGUUUGCGCUCUCCUCCUCAACGCCACAGAUCCCGAACUCGACCUCAACAGCGAGAGUAUCUGCUUGACGUGGGUUUACGGUGACGCGGCCUACCAGCUGCCCCUGUACCUUCUGGGUCAGGACCGCACAGAGCGCUGGACGUUUGCCCUGGACGUGUCGGACUGCCGUACGGGUUUUAUGGAGUUCCUCCGUGACACAUGCAGCCUGGGCGGCGGAGUGGCACUCAGUGAUCUGCGGGCGGCGCUGCCGCAGCUGUCCCGGGAUGCGGCGGCCAUCGCGGGUCAGGCUACAGCGCUGUCGCAAUGGCACCAGAGUCACAAGUUCUGUCCCCGGUGCGGCGCCCCCACCGCCCCCGUGGAGGCGGGUCUGCGGCGGCAGUGCACCGCAACCCCCCACCACAAGGUGUACCCCAGGACGGAUCCCGUGGUGAUUAUGUUGGUGGAGUCCCCGGAUGGUCGCCGCGCGCUGCUGGGCCGCAACAAGAAGUUUACUCCAGGGAUGUACACGUGCCUGUCGGGUUUUGUGGACCAGUGCGAGAGCGUGGAGGAGGCGGUCCGUCGCGAGGUGUUUGAGGAGUCCCGGGUGCUUGUGGCCCAGGUCACCGUGGUGGGCUCGCAGCCCUGGCCCAUAGGCCGCUACGGGGGCUGCGAGCUCAUGCUGGGGUGCAUGGCGAAGGCCAGGAGCUACGAAGUACUGGUCAACAUGGAGGAGAUGGAGGACGUACAGUGGUACGACAAGGACGAGCUGCGUGCUGCCGUACGGAUGUACGACGUCAUGAACCCUCUGCCCGAAAGCGAUGGCGUGGCGGAGCUGCCCAUGAGUGUCGCACAGCUGCAGGAGCGUUCCCUGGAGCAGCUGGGCUUCUUCAUUCCGCCACCUCUCGCCAUCGCCCACCACCUCAUCCGCACCUGGGCUCUUCACGACGGCCCCUGGUUUCCCGGCUUUGCAGCCGCGGGAGCAGCCGCCGCCGCCGCCGCCGUCACCGGCGCGGCGUCCCAUGCGUCGUACACGGCGUCGCCGCAAUCGGCGCAGCCGAACGCCACGGCGGGUCACCACAACCACCAACACUACAACCAUAACAACAACAACAACAACAACCAGCAUUACAACCAUCAUCAUCAGCAGCAGCUACAGCAGCAGCAGCAGGGGUACGUGCCCAACGGCCUGGGCAACGGUAAAGGCGUUGGCAAUGGCAAGAGUGGCAGUGAGGCCUCCGUGGUGUCAGGAGGGCAGGACGCUACCGGCGCGCACACGCGGGGUCGGCUGUAG